AUUCACAGCGCACGCUCUGUUCGGUGGGAACCAUGCCUUCCAACGCUCUUUCCCCGCUCUUUGACCACCUGCAGGAGGGCCUCAGCCACUUCGACAUCAGGAGAUGGACGCAAAACUUUGAUCUGAAGGACUUCUUCAAGGAUAUCGAUUUGAAGACGGUUGGGUCCCUGGCCUUAAUUGUUGUUGCCGUUAUAUUCGUACUCGACUUGAUAACGAAGUCCUACGCUCCUUUGGGGAAGUCCUUGGCAGUGUCGGCUGCCGACGCCUGGCAAACGAACAGACAUCAGAUCCAGUUCAGUGAAUUUGGAAGAGAGAGCAACAGUCGGUCGCUGGAGCCUGUCAUGGAAGUAUUAGACGCCCUGGCGGAAGCUGUCAAGAAAUGGGAGAAAUCCGAAGCCAGUUCACCACAAUUCCAGAAAUCCGAUACCGAAAUCCCACAGCAUCAGGAAUUCGAGUUCAGAGUACCACAGCAUCACAAUUCUGAAAACAGACUACCACAGCACCAGACUUCCGAAGUCGUAAGACCACAGCGCCAGACUUCCGAAGCCGACAGACCACAACAUCAGGCUUUUGAGACAGAGAGACCACAGCAUCAGGCUUUCGAAGCCGUAAGACCGCAGCAUCAGGCUUUCGAAACCGUAAGGCCACAGCAUCAGGCUUUCGAAACCUUAAGGCCACAGCACCAGGCUUUCGAAGCCGUAAGACCACAGCAUCAGGCUUUCGAAGGACAAUUACUACAGCAUCAAAAUUUCGACUUCAGGGUACCACAGCAUCAAAAUUUCCAGUUCCCAACGCACCAGCCUGUGAAAUUCGAAACGAGACUGACACAGCUUCAGGACACCGGUUUCAGAAUACCUCAGCAUCAAAAAUUCGAAUCCAGAAUAUCACAGCAUCAUAACUCUGAGGUGCCACAGCACCAGGCCUCCUCUGGAGAUCGUUUUGUUUGGUCCAAUUAAUGUUUAGUUUAUUUUCCAGGAAUUUGCAUUGAUUGCAAAUGCAUGUUACUUAAUACCUCUCAUCGUUAUCAAUGUUAUAUUUUUGCUAAGAUACCUCAAUAAUAAUAAAAGUUUGAACAAUAA